CAAAAAAAAACCAGUGAAACCGGUCCUUGACGCGUCCCAGUCUUAAAAGCAAGUGCUGCUUCAUUUACAGAACCAGUCGCAAUUCCGCCUGCACGUCACGACUGUCACUAUUGCGAGCCAGCGAUAGAGAAAGAAAGAAAGAAAGAAAGAGAGGAGCACUCCCUCCUGUCUCUCGCUACUUCCUUAAACUGCUUCAGAAAACAAAACCAGAGAAAAUUAAAAGCACGAGCGUUUCUGCAUAGUUUGGGCAGUGCUGCUGUUCUAGUAAAGGAUGGGUCCCUUCCUGCGCAUCUCCUUCAAUAACUUCGACCUGGGGCCCCUGCCUCAGCUCACAGACCCCCCGUUCUGUGCUGUCAAGAUGAAGGAGUCCCUCAGCACAGAGCGUGGGAAGACCCUGGUGCAACGCAAGCCCACCAUGUACCCUGCCUGGCAGUCCUGCUUCGACGCCCACAUCUACGAGGGCCGUGUGAUCCAGAUCGUGCUGAUGAAGUCUGCGGAGGAGCCCCUCUCCGAGGGCACUGUCGGGGUCUCUGUGCUGGCCGAGCGCUGCAAGAAGGCCAAUGGAAAGGCGGAGUUCUGGCUUGACCUCCAGCCGUCAGGCAAGGUGAUGAUGGCAGUGCAGUUUUUUCUUGAAGAAGGUACAGAUUGCAAGCAGGCCGUCAAGGAUGAGGACGGCGCGGUCACCAUCAACCGGAGGCGUGGCGCCAUCAAGCAGGCCAAGAUCCACUACAUCAAGAACCACGAGUUCACCGCCACCUUCUUCAGACAGCCCACCUUCUGCUCCGUGUGCAGGGAGUUCGUCUGGGGACUCAAUAAACAGGGAUACAAGUGCAGACACGAUGUCUACCGUGUGACACCUCUCUGGAUCCCGAAAAUUAAUAUGACCGUUAAAUGUCAGACGAUCGUCUAUGUGACCACAACUAAAGGAGACACUGUGUUCCAGAAAGAGCGCUUCAAGAUCGACAUGCCGCACAGGUUCAAGAUACACAACUACAUCAGCCCCACUUUCUGUGAUCACUGCGGCAGCCUGCUGUGGGGACUGGUGAAGCAAGGGAUAAAAUGCGAAGAUUGUGCCAUGAACGUGCACCACAAGUGCCAGACCAAAGUGGCCAAUCUGUGUGGAAUCAACCAGAAAAUGUUGGCAGAAGCUCUGUCUCAAGUCAGCCAGAAAUCUACCAGGAAAUCAGAUCCCAAUCUAGCUGAUCCUUCGGGUAUAGGCAUCUAUCAAGACUUUCUCCAGGGCCCCUCCGUCCCUGGCCUGGACACCAAUGCAGAUGGAUCCCAGUAUGACAAGCUGUGGGAGGGGACCUCUCCCAGGAUUCCAGCCACAAUCUCGUCCCGCCUGCGCAAGAUCAACAUAGACAACUUUGUGAUGCACAAGGUGCUCGGCAAAGGCAGCUUCGGAAAGGUAAUGCUGGCGGAGCUCAAGGGCAAGGGUGAGUUCUUCGCGAUCAAAGCGCUUAAGAAGGACGUGGUGCUGCUGGACGACGAUGUGGAGUGCACCAUGGUGGAGAAGAGGGUCCUCGCGCUGGCCUGGGAUAACCCCUUCCUCACACACCUCUACUCUACCUUCCAGACCAAGGAGCACCUCUUCUUUGUGAUGGAGUAUUUGAAUGGAGGAGACCUGAUGUUCCACAUACAGGAGAAAGGACGCUUCGACCUCUACAGAGCCACGUUUUAUGGAUCUGAAAUAGUUUGCGGGUUGCAGUUUUUGCAUGCCAAAGGAAUUAUCUACAGGGAUCUGAAGCUGGACAACGUGAUGCUGGAUAAAGACGGACACGUCAAAAUCGCAGACUUUGGAAUGUGCAAGGAGAACGUGUUCGGAGAGAACAGGGCGACCACGUUCUGCGGGACGCCUGAUUACAUUGCACCUGAGAUCCUGCUGGGACAGAAGUACUCGUUCUCUGUGGACUGGUGGUCAUUCGGCGUGCUGCUGUACGAGAUGCUGAUUGGCCAGUCUCCCUUCCACGGUGAUGAUGAGGACGAGCUGUUUGAGUCGAUCCGCAUGGACACUCCGCACUACCCUCGCUGGAUCACCAAGGAGACCAAGGACAUCCUGGAGAAGCUGUUCGAGAGGGAACCAACAAGGAGGCUUGGCAUUGUAGGAAACAUCAAAACACACCCCUUCUUUAAAACCAUCAACUGGAUUGCCCUGGAGAAGAGAGAGGUGGAGCCCCCAUUCAAGCCCAAAGUGAAAUCGCCCGGCGACUGCAGUAACUUCGACAAGGAGUUCCUGAACGAGAAGCCCAGGCUGUCCCACACCGAUAAGAACCUCAUCGACUCCAUGGACCAGACAGCCUUCAGCGGUUUCUCUUUCAUCAACCCCAAGAUGGAGAAGCUCUUGUAGAAGCGAGGCCGGGCACGCUCGCUCCUGGGGUUCAACGGUGCCCUUCGGUUACUGACAACUGAUUUGGCCUUGAUCGAUUACCUGACCCAAAAGCGAUUGGUACGAUCUGUGAUUAAUCGUGUUUCUGACUGGGACCUGAAGAUAAAACUGACCAGUGCCGCUGCUACCGACAAGUUCUGUUCCUCUCUCUUCCUGUAGAAAACCAGACUGUCCAUAAAAUAGGGCUGGGAGGUGAGAGUGCUAGCCAGGCGUUAUUUCAGUGCAGCCCCCCUUCUGUUGUAAGGGAAAAGAGAGGUACAGUUUUAUUUGAAAAAGUUAACAAAUGAAAAGAAGAUCUUCAGGAUUGAUCGUGAUCAUCUGUAGCCCAUAAUUGAUAACCGAAAAUGUUUUUAUCCUUCAACCCUGAUUGUACCUAUGGGUUCCAAUUUCAGUCAAAUGCAAGACGGGAAGAUGGAGCAAUAGAUAGAUAGGUAGGUAGGUAAGUAGGUAGCUAGGUAGCUGGAUUGAUAAAAUACAAACAGAUGUGGCAUGUACAGUGUUAUAUAACAGUAUGUGGGGGAGGACAAUUUGCUGUAAACUUGCUAUAGAUAUUAUAGAGAUAGGGAUGAUAUAGAGAUAGGUAUAAUAAUCAAGAAUAAUGUACUGUAUUGUGAUAGUAAUUUACCCAAAUCGACCCUCAAUCUCAUACGGUGACGAGCACAAAGAGAUUGUUACUAUAGUUAGAAUUAGCCUUGUUGUUUAUUUUCUGCAUGUAAUGGGUUGCCAGGGUAAUGUUCUUGUGUGUAUGUAGUCUGUGGAUUAUUAGUAUAGUUAUUUUAUUUCUCCUCUGUCGUGUGCAGUGAUUCCCGGCUCCAGGCCUCCAACAGUCUGGGUCUCUGUUACAACCAGCACUUGAGUGUUUAUUGAAACCGUGCGCUGCAUUCCUCUGCACAUAAACAUUGUUCUGUUUGCAGGACGGCAAUCCAGGUUUGAAAGACACUGCGCACACACACAAGGGUGGCAGGCUGGCUCCAGGGGGUGGGGAAGGGGGUGGAGGCAUGGAGGGCAGGGUCAUUUUAAUUGGAAUCUGCUGCAGUAAAAACCUGGACUGCAGCUGGGAGCCUCCGUUCUGUUGGAUCAGAUUAGUGGGAAUCUGUGUGAUGUUACUGGAAUGUAGUUCUCGUAAAAGAAUAAUUUGAAAAGCUGCUGUACAUAUUCUAUUGCUCUAGCAGACAUGUUAUCGGUGUGUUAUGGAAAUGCUUUUUUUUUUUUUUAAAUCUCUAAUAAAAUCAACAUCACAGACA